AUGAAUCGAAACUUUAGUUCUAGGUCUGGGUUCCGGAGUGGAGGGGGCUUCAGCUCUGGCUCUGCCGGAGCGGUCAGCUUCCAACGCAGGACCACUAGCAGCUCUGUGCGCCACAGCGGGGGAGGUGGUGGGAGAUUUUCAGGGGGAAGAUGUGGAGGUGGUGGUGGUGGCGGUCGUUUUGGAAGUCGAAGCCUUGUCAACCUUGGUGGCAGUAAGAGUAUCUCCAUAAGUGUGGCCAGAGGAGGUGGACGUGGUGGUUUUGGUGGUGGUUAUGGUGGUGGUGGCUUUGGGGGUGGUGGCUUUGGGGGUGGUGGUUUUGGUGGUGGCGGCUAUGGAGGUUUUGGCAGUGGAGGUGGUUUUGGUGGAGGCGGUUUUGGUGGAGGUGGUUUUGGUGGAGGCGGUUUUGGGCCUUUCUGCCCCCCUGGUGGCAUACAGGAAGUCACCAUCAACCAGAGCCUUCUGCAACCCCUUAAUGUGGAGAUUGACCCUGAGAUCCAAAGAGUAAAGACUCAAGAAAGGGAGCAAAUCAAGAUACUCAACAACCAAUUUGCCUCCUUCAUUGACAAGGUGCGAUUCCUGGAGCAGCAGAACCAGGUGCUGCAAACAAAAUGGGAGCUGCUGCAGCAGGUAGACACCUCCACUCGGACCCACAGCUUAGAACCCUACUUUGAGUCCUACAUCAACAAUCUUAGAAGGAGAGUGGACCAACUGAAGAAUGACCAGUCUAGUAUGGAUUCGGAAUUGAAGAACAUGCAAGACCUGGUGGAAGAUUACCGGAACAAGUAUGAGGACGAGAUCAACAAGCGGACAAAUGCAGAAAAUGAAUUUGUUACCAUCAAGAAGGAUGUGGAUGCUGCUUAUAUGACUAAGGUGGACCUUCAGGCCAAAGUUGACAACUUGCAGCAGGAAAUUGAUUUCCUCACAGUGCUCUACCAGGCAGAGCUGUCUCAGAUGCAGACUCAAAUCAGCGAAACCAAUGUCAUCCUGUCCAUGGACAACAACCGCAGCCUGGACCUGGACAGCAUCAUCGCUGAGGUCAAAGCUCAGUAUGAGGAGAUCGCCCAGAAGAGCAAGGUUGAGGCCGAGACACUGUACCAGACCAAGUAUGAAGAGCUCCAGAUAACUGCUGGCAAACAUGGGGACAAUCUGAAAAGUACAAAGAUGGAGAUUUCAGAGCUGAAUCGGAUGGCCCAGAGACUUCGAUCUGAAAUUGAUAGUGUUAAGAAGCAGAUCUCCGCGCUGCAGCAGUCCAUCAAUGAUGCCGAGCAGCGUGGUGAGAAUGCCCUCAAAGAUGCCCAGAGCAAGCUGGCCGAGCUGGAGGAUGCCCUGCACAGGGCCAAGGAGGACAUGGCCCGCCUGCUGCGUGACUACCAGGAGCUGAUGAACACCAAACUGGCCUUGGACAUGGAGAUCGCCACCUACAGAACCCUUCUGGAAGGAGAGGAAAGCAGGAUGUCAGGAGAGUGUACCCCGAGCGUGAGCGUGUCUGUGAACACCAGCCACACCACCAUCAGUGGAGGUGGUGGCCGAGGAGGCGGGGGUUUCAGCUCCGGAGGCGGCGGCAGCGGCGGUGGCUACGGUCUUGGAGGCGGCAGUUACGGUUCUGGAGGCGGCAGUUAUGGCUCCGGAGGCGGGGGCGGUGGCAGUUACGGCUCUGGAGGUGGCGGCGGGGUUGGCUAUGGCUCCGGUAGCAGCAGUGGGGGCCACAGAGGCGGCUCUGGAGGGGGCAGCUGGGGUUCUGGAGGGAGCGCCGGAGGCCGGGGAUCCAGCUCUGGCCGUACCAAGACCUCUAGUGGCAGUUCCAGCGUGAAGUUUGUUUCCACCAGCUAUUCCAAAGCAGUCAGAUAA